AUGAGCACCAAUAGCUCGCUUCAGCCGCCUUUGAUCAUCACAUCGCUAUCGCGGCCACCAGCCUCUACAAGUGCUCUUGGAGCAACAUCAGCAUCUUCAAUGUCUCUGUCUCCAGCUCCUUCCUCAGUUCGAGCUUCAUUUUCGCCGUACGCCAAGAGCCCCGUGCCACGAGGCCGACGUGUCGCUAUGGAAGGCAAAAGCCUCUUUACAUGUCACCAAUGUGGUGCACUGCUCAGGUUUCAACAUCAUCCUGUGUCUAUUGAGGAAAAGAUUAUGAAAUUGCGGACUGUUCCAUACGAGCACUCUGCGGAACAGUGUGAGCAGCGAGACAGUAAAGAAGGCGAAGAAGAUCAAAGGCCUCGGCUUACAGAGGGCACGGAUAAUGGGGAGAACACAGAUGCAGACGAAGAGGAAGAACUUACACAUGCAGCAAGGAAUUCUUUGAAUCAACAGCAACAACAGCAAAAGAGCUCAGCUGUUGUUCCUGAGUACGUGUGGGAACGACAACAGGUGGACAAUAGCGGCGACGUUGAUAUUUGGGCUCCGGUAGAACUCGAUCCUAUCAAUGGACUAGCGACGUAUACAAGCUGUAAUCGAGGCGAUAUUGGACAGACAAUAGCAGAUGUAGUACCUGCACGACUGCUGAACAAACCACACCUAUGGGUUUCCGAUUGGGAAGUCGAUUACUCACUUCCCAAUUGUGACGACGAAGGAUGGGUAUAUGCAGCGUCGCACGCUGAUCUUAACAAUUUGGAGAAAUCAGUGAGCAUAGGAGAAGAUGAGGUGAAUUUACAGACGGAUAAGAGAAUAAAAUGUGAACGACGUGUACGACGGAGGCGUCUGGCUCGCCGGCGUCGUAUUGACGGCAGCGAUCUUAGUUGGUUUCAGGAGUUGCUUGAUUGCAGCUCAUUAUUGCUGAAAAAACGACUACCGACCUGCCAUGAUUGUGAAGCUGGUGUGCUGUCUAGGUUUACUGUUGCGCUUAAAGAAUUAGAGGAUGAACGAGACCAGUACGAACGCUUUAUAGCCGAUUUUGAAGCUGAAGUGGGGGCAUCUGCGCAAAUUGUUGGUGAAGACGAUCACUCCGAGUGGCAGGAUGACCCAGAGUUUCUUGCAUUGCAAGAAGAAGAGCGAGUUUUAAAUGCGCAAUUAAGAGCCAUUGAAGACGAGACAUUACAAGUAACAGCAAAGAGACGCGAAUUGUGGUCUACAGGAAUGGAUCUUGAGCAGUUGAUCCAUGGUACAUUCGCUGAAGGAGCUUUUCUGCAACAUUUAUUAGGAUUGAGCCGCGAUGAACGCCAGUCUGUUAGUGUCUUUGCAGUGCAUGCAUCAGACAUGCUGCGACGCCUCCAGCGCUAUAACGUGUGUAACGAUGUUUUUCACAUCUGGCACGAUGGUCUUUUUGGCACGAUUAACGGGCUACGACUUGGGCGGUUGCCAUUAAAACCGGUCGAGUGGGUUGAGAUCAACGCUGCAUUAGGACAAGCAGUGUUGUUACUUGCAACAAUUGCAGACCGGGCCAACUUUGAGUUUUCACGCAAUCGUCUCGUGCCGCGUGGAAGCUUUUCUCGUGUCGUAAACAUGUACGGAAAAGAGUACAGUCUGUACAGCGAUGGAGGCAUGUUUCGUCGCCGCGGGUUUAAUCAAGCCAUGAUCCUUUUUCUUGAGUGUGUCGAGGACGCAGGUCGUCGUGCUAUGAAAGAAGAACCGUCAUUGAAGUUUCCGUACAAAGUGGAGCGUGGUAAAAUUGGUGGUCUACCGAUCUCCUUAGGAAAUGACGAGCAGUGGACACGAGCACUAAAAUACAUGCUCACGCACCUAAAGUGGCUUCUAGCAUGGAUCUCGAAGCGCUACUGA